UCGUCUUGAAGAAAUUUGGGCUGCCGCCGGGGAAAACGCAAGAAAGGUGGUAUUAGGCAGACCGAGGUAGAGGGCGAGGUGUGGCGCGGGGAUCAUGGCGGCAGUCGUAGCGCUCACAGCUCAUUGUCGUUCCGAGCGGCUCAGUGGCAACACGCUUCGAGCCGAACUCAGACAUCGCGAUCGGGCGCGCACGUCGCGUCAUGUAGUUUUGCCUAACAGUUCAAACAAGUUUCAAACUGUUCUAAACUUUCACAAAAGUUGUUAAAAAGUAUUCCGGAGUCGGGACAGAUAGCCUACAGCCCCAUAGUUCAGGGGGAUCUGGUUCCGACGGUGAAAGCAGCGGGUUUGCUUCUACUAUCGGGAGGAAGAUCUCUUCGGGGAUGUCGGGAAUAAUCUCAAAGUUGAAGAGUGGGACGCAGCCGCAGCCGCCCCCGCUGGAGAACAAUCCCAUCUGCCAGUACUUCGAAGUGGGCAAGGAGAGCAGCACCGCCGGCCCCGGGCUCAUCUGGCGCGUCCAUGACGCCUACCGCAAGAGCGACGGAAAGGAAUGCUCGGUGUUCGUCUUCGACAAGCGUAUCGCGGAGAAACUUUACAAGCCGAAACGCAAGGAGAGCAUGUUGGAUCGUAUCCGCAUCUGCAUCGCUGCGAUGGAGAAGAUGCGUCACCCUAAGAUGCUUCAGAUAAUCCAUUCGUUGGAAGAAGGUCAUCAUACCAUUGCCUUCGCUUCGGAACCGGUUCUGGCGAGCCUGCAUAACAUCUUAGCUUGGCAUGAAUGCAACGUAAUGCCGGGCUGCCAGCCGCCGAUCAUGCCCCACCCCAUAACCCUGGGCCCGCCGAGCGCGCAGCAGCAGCAGAUCAACCUGACCACGCCGAAGGCACCCUACGCCAAGGAGUACUUCUUCCUGGACAUCGAGCUGCGCUACGGACUGUUGCAGCUGAUCGAGGCGCUGCACUACCUGCACUACACUUCGCACCAGAUGCAUCGCAACGUGUGCCCGCAGGUCAUCAUCGUCACCAAGCGUGGUACCUGGAAGCUGUUCGGCCUGGAGUUUGCUGAGAACAUCAUCGGGUCCGACCCGACGGAGAUGAUCUGCGUGCCGCCGUGGUCCAUCAAGGUGGCUAAGUUGGCUCAGCCAUGUCUGGAUUUCUUGGCUCCCGAGGUCCAGACGAACGGUCAAUGCAGUAUUCUAUCGGAUAUGUUCUCGCUUGGCCUUGUGAUCUGUGCCGUCUUCAACAACGGCAAGCCGCUGAUCCAAGCCAAUAAUAACCCAAUGCUUUACAUGAAGCAAAUCGAGUUCCUCGACCAGCAAGUGAUCCAAGUGCUGCCGCGGGUUCCGUCGGCCCUGCAGGAGGCCGUGCAGCGCCUGCUGGCGCGAGACCCGCACCCGCGACCCACCACGCAGCUGCUGCCACUGAUUAAGUACUUCAAGGGUCAGAGUGAGCAAGCCAUCUCAGCCAUGCAAUUUCUGGAUGUGGUGACAAUGAAGGAUCCAAACCAAAAGGCCAACUUCUAUCGAACAACUUUGAUUGACGCGCUGCCGUACAUUCCAAAGAAACUCCGCUGGCAGCACGUGUGGCCUGCCUUGCAGCUGGAGGUUAGGACGGCCGAGGUUCUGGCCUCGGUCUUGCAGCCCGUUAUCUGGCUCACUAACGAGUGCACUCAGGAUGAGUUCUCGCACUACGUCCUGCCGACACUCAAAAACUUGAUGAAUUCUCCGAAAAGCAUCCAAGCUUCGGUCACUAUUUUGGAGAAUUUGCACAUUAUUUUGAAGAAAUGUCAGCAGAACGAAGUUGACAAUGAAAUUCUGCCAUUGCUGUAUAAUGCUCUGGAUAACAACACUAACCAAAUCCAGACCGCUUCGCUGAUUGCUACGCAGAACGUGUCUGAUUUCAUAAAAGACAAGCAAUUGCACACUAUCGUCCUCGCCAAAGUGAGGGGACUGCUCGAAAGGAACCAGAGUGACGUGAAGAUCAUCAGCCUGAUCCUUUGCUUCUUCGAGAAGAUUCUCGUUAGACUCGAGAGGACCCACAUCCUGGAACAGGUCAUUCCCACCCUGCUGGCUAUGCGGCUCACUGACCCUGACAUCGUCACCCGUGUAGUAAAACUAUACAAAUCUAUGCUCUUGGAAAGGAAGUUUGGAUUAAACACCAACGUGAUGGCCACCAAGAUGAUCCCAUCGCUUGCUCCGCAAACCGUCAACCCGAAUUUGAACGUUGACCAGUUCACUAAUUUGAUGGAGAUCCUGUACGACAUGCUGGACAACAUCGACAAGAACCAGCGCUUCAAGCUGAAGGUCGACCCGGCGAGCAUGUCGAGCCCCGAGCGUCACCGCGCGCUCCGUCAUCAGAUGAGCACAGAUAACAUGAAUGUCCCGCCUUUUAACAUUCCCAAUUUACGUGUGGAACAGCGUAAGACCUCUAGCGCAGAGGAUAUGGCUCGUAAGAAUUCAAUGAGUGGGCCUCCCCCCACAGCCUCUGGUAGCGUUGGCGGGUUCAAGAGCACGGGGAUCGGGCAAUGGUUCUUCGGAUCAAGCAAUUCUACUAAUAACGACAAUAACUUCCUUCGCGUUUCAAACGCUUUUCCUAACCGUCGUCUAUCAGAUAACACCCUGAUGACACCGAAAAUACGCAUCGCGCCAUCGUGCGCCUCCUCCCCCGGCGGCACUCCCGGAGGGAACUCUGGGCUACCCACUCGCCGACACUCUAGCAUCGGACCUCAAGAGCGCCGCGGCUCCGCUGUCAACCUGUCGCCACCAACCGGAGGUUCGAUGCCCAACACUUCGUCGAGUGUACCGUUUCUGCUGACGUCGUCGAUGCAAUCGAUCCGCUCGCGCCGCCCGUCGGCGUGCCUCAGCGGCUCGCAGGGCUCCGGUCUGCUGCAGCAGAUCAGCAGCGGAAUGGUAAGACACCUGCCGAGCGGCAGUGCUAGUGGCCACCACGCGCACGGAUCGACGACCAACUGGAGCCUGCAGGGGGCCACCGCCGCCGGCUACAACGCUCUGCAUAACACCGCCAUGGCUGUCAGGAAAUGCCCUUCACUGAAUAUUACCCUCACGCGUUAAACGCCCCUCUGUGCCCAGCCAUUAACCACCGAGCAGAGAGCACACCUAGUCCUAGCAAGUCCCUACUAAAUCUUCGACAUGCUUCGUAUAACAUACUGAGUAGCAGAGUAUCUGGCGCGUCGUCGUCGCCGAACCACCGACGAACCACUUUCAUUAAGAUCUGCCGACAAGGGCGAUCCCCGUCCGGUCCCUUGAUGUUUAGUAGUUUUAUCAUAAUAUCGAUGUUGUUUAAAGUACUCGUAUCACCAUAUUACAUUUAUUUGCAACUACUUUUUUUAGAAAUAUAAACUUGUUUCA